GUAUAAUAGCCCGAGCGAGAGGCAUCAUCAUGUCCGAAGGCGCUAUGUCGUCGUCGUCGUCGCCGCCGCAGCCGCAGCCGACGUUGACGGCGAGCAACAGCGUCGUCAACAACGUCAACGGCGAGGUCGAUUGCGGCGACGGGCUGCGCUGCUUGCCGGUACCCAAGCGUCGCUACGACGAGGUCAUGGCUCACUUGAGGCUCAACUUUUUCGCCGACGAGCCGCUCAACCGAGCCGUUGGACUCUGCAAAAAGGGCGAAAAUCACCUCGAGCUCGAGAGACACUGCUUGGCUACUCUGGCAUCGAGAAUGUCCUGCAUGAUCGUCGAUGAAAACGAUAAGAUCGCAGGAACAGCCCUGAAUGGCAUCGUCAAACGUGGAGAACGAGACGAAAACGAGCGUCGUUUGGCUGAAUUACGAGAUCCCAAGUUCAAAAGUAUAUUCGCUCUGCUGUUUAAAAUCAACGAAAAAUGCGACAUACCAAAUAAAUAUGGCGUUGACGAGAUUUUCGAAUGCCGGAUAUUAAGUGUCGAUGAAAGCUUUCGCGGGCGAGGCUUGGCUAAUUUACUCGUCGAGAACAGCAUACGAAUUGCUAAGAGUAAUGGUUUCAAGAUUAUGAAAGCAGACGCCACGGGCUUGUUUUCUCAAAAAGUCUUCCUCAAAUAUGACUUCAACGUGAUUACUGAGAUUCCUUACUCAGAUGUGGAACCAAGCCUAAGACCUGGACCUCCGCACAAAGCUCUCAAACUCAUGGUCAAGAUUUUAAAUUGAAUCAAUUUUUUUUACUUCUAUUUUUGAGACGGACAAAGUCAUUUUUUAGGUUUAAUGUUAAGGUGACAUCGGAGUCACUUACUUUAUUGAUCAAUUUAAUGAAACUGAUUCUACUUCAUUAAUUUUUUUACCGAAAGUAUUUCCAAAAAGCUAUGUAAUGCAUUUUUAGCAUUUUCAAUGGGUGCUCUCAAUUUAGAGGAUUAUUUUAUUAGACUUUGAAAAAAAACGUGUUUAAAAAUUUAUACGCUGAACGAAAUCAUUUGGAAUUUUCGUUAUUAAAAACUACAAAAUACAGGCACGCGAAGCUCGCUCGAAAAAUAUCAAAUGAAAAAAGAAGUACAUCAAAAACAGUUUCAUUGAUUUCGAUUGAUAAAACAGUAAUCCGCUUAAAAAAGUAUUAUUAAAAUUAUAUAAGAUGAAGCUCAGAAAAAUAUUUCUAUUAGUUUAUAUGGCAACAAAUCUACAUGUAAUAAAAAAAAAUAACAGUAUUAUUCAAUCGUCGCAGAAGCCAGCUGAUAUUAAAUAUAAGCUCGUCAAAUUAAAGACGCAAAAAUGUAUUCAAACUUGAUAUAGUACAAUAAAACCAAACAAGUAUUCGAGUCUACAGGUAUACAUAUUAAUGUACAAAUGGAAAAUGGCAAGCUAGUCAUAAUAUUAUGGAGAUGUAUAACGUAUAAUAGAUCAAACUAAUUUGUAUCAAAAGUUGUCGUUAGAACAUGCAAAACUAUUAUAAAUAGAAACUAGCAAUUUUGAAUGUCAGAUAAGUAAAUAAACGAAAAGUUCAAUUUUGUUUCUUGUCAAAAUUA